UUGAUGCUGAUCCAGGAACCCUCGUGUGAGGAACGAGAUCGAGAUAAUUCGGCAGAAACUGUCCAAGAAGGAUGCCCAAGAAAGUCAAAAAAGUUAAGAAGCGCGUCUCCUCUGACGUUCAGCAAUCCAGUGGUGUAGAAGAUGCGCCGUCAAAUCUGGAGAGCAGCAGGGAUCCACCACUGGCAGAGCCAAGUGACCAAGGAAUAGCGAAAAAGAGGAAGACAAAGAAGAAGAUCAAGCUGACCAAAGAAGAGAAGAAACUGGCAAAACUGGAAAAGGCCAGCCAAGACUUUCAGUCCAAUAAAGAGGAGUUUGGGCAGUUCCUGGACCGGAUAGAUUUGUGGCUUCAAACUCGUCACCAGCAGGUGAUGAACCUCUUUGGGAACUACGACCAGAACGGCACUGGAAUUCUGAGCUGUGAGGAGUUCAAACUCGGCAUGAGGGACCUGAACAUUCCCUGCACGGAGGCCCAGCUGUACACCCUGACUCGGCUCCUCGAUCAGAAUCACGACUCCAGCAUUGAUUACAUCGAGCUGGCUGCCAGUCUGCAGAGAGCCAGAUUUGCAGAUCAGACGGCAGACGAAUACAAAGAGGAUGGCCUGGAGGAAGAGGACAACGACCAAGCUGAAGACACUUCGGCUGAGAUGGACUGCAAAGUGACCGAGUGUGACCGGGAGUCCCUGAAGCUUCUGCCAGGUCCACCAAGGUUUCUCCUCCUGAGGCUCCGGCUCAUCACUUUCGACAAUGCCCACUCCCAUCCUGGCCACUUUGAGUUAGUGGUCCGCUCGGACACCCAGGUGUACGGCCUUCUCUGCAGGAUCCGAGAGAAAGUGGGCAUCGAAAGCACUCAGCUGAGCGUAUUCAGAGAUAAAACAUUUUCCGAGGAGUCUUUUCUUCCACCUGACCAGGAACUGGAAGAAUGCGGCUUUAGUGGCGGACCCCGGCAUUGCCCUCCUCCGGUGACGCUUUACUACGACUAUAGAACGGAAUUCCGGGGCUGUCCAGUUGUGAACUGCGACUACUAUUUCAAUACUCGCCGACGGUAAGGAGCUAUAGAGGUGGGGAUGGCUCCUCGGGGGGCUGUCAGUUUUAGCUUCCAGAGGUGGGCACAGACGCCACGGCUAUUUGUGAUGAAGAAGACGCCUUUGUCUGUGUGCACGUCUGCCAUCAUGGACAGGGCGCUUCAUAGUGGAUUCGGGUCAUGACAGCACGGGGUGGUAAGUCUAAGCCCACUAACCCUUUGGGAUCGGAGUGGCGGAGGACAGGUGGGCGGAGACAGGCCUGGAAAGAAGUAGGGGGUCCGCGAGGUACAGUACAUCAUGGGGGUGGGCUAACAAGGAAACUCGAGCUCUCGAUGACAUCCUGGAGCAAAGACCAAGCCGGACCAGAAACUAAUAAGACAGACGGCCACCCAGCAGCAAGUGUCUGCCCAGCCAUUAUUGUCACACGUGUCUUUACUUUGCUUGAAUUGAAUUUCUAUUUAAAUAAAUGUCAUAACUGCCUUGGGUUAUAGAAUGUAAAUAAAAGAGGGAAGAAGAGACACGAGGAAGAGGAGUUGGGCCAUUCUGUUACGGUCACCAUGAUAAAAAUAGGGUCACCCCGGGACCCUCCUACGACAAAACACUUGGCAUAGUCAGUGGGAGGAUUUCUGGGGUAUCCAAGCUGCACAUCCCAUCCACGGGUUUCUGUGUACGAGUCUUCAGAUCGUCUCGGACGGAGAAGAGACAGCAGGAUCAGGAAAGAAGACGACGUCAAAAGUACACAGGAGGAUCGUGACCAGGAAAUCAAGGCACGUACCUCGAGAGGAACCAAAAUCAAAAGGGCCAAAAGGUGC